AUGGCGGGCGUCACGGAGAUUCCUGACUCAAAAGACGAGUUUAUGGCAUCCUCACCGGUUGUAACCUCAAUCUCUGCUGACAGGUUUUCUCCCGCUAAAGAGGAUGCUCUCCAUGCAGCCCAAGACGCGCUCAAAGCAGGGGCUGGCACCGAGCAAGCUUUCAGUGACGAUGUUUCAAACAUCUCCUUAAAACAAGUUGAAGGCUUGACUCAAGCUCAAGCAAACGUUUUCGCGAAUCGUCCUGAAGCCAAUCGCGGCAACAUAGAGACUGUUCAAGAGUUGGAAGUUAUGCAGGCUAAAUAUCCACCUGUUCGCAACUCGGAACAGAAAGUGUCGGAGCGAGCUGCAAAUGCAGAAGAUAUGGAAUUCUUGCACCCAAAUUCACAACCAGGUGACAACGAUGGAAGAGCAACAAACGGUUGUGUGAUCUCCGUGGACAAGCCAAUUCUCACCGUACAAAAGUCGAAUCCUGCCGCGGAAGACAAAAGAUCCGGCAUCCCUCGAGGAGAAAAGGGCAGUAUCCGAACAGGAUAUCCGGCCUCGGGGCAUUCUACCCUGCCUGCCGAUGCAGCAAAAGUGACUGGUGGGGAAUUAAGUUUUCGCCAAUCACAUCAAGAGCCUGAUAGAGGGGUGAAGGAGACGGCUGGAGCGUCGAUGGACAAAAUACACGUCGUAGAUGGACGGCUGCUCAAAGAUGUUGAGAUGGUAGACGCUGGCCGCGAGGGAAGGAAGACUCCUCAACUCCAGAUUGACCCUAGCGGGGAUCCUUCACGGGGAGAUAAAGCCGGUUUGAAUGAAUCGACGAUACCUGCGUUGGAUGCGCCCCCCCCCCCCCCCAAAGAACACAAUUUGUGCAGCGACGACAAUUGGGGCACUGAACCCACGACUGAGACGAAAAAAGCACAGGGUUCACAGCAGCGUAGCCCUACCAGCGACACAUCGACCCGCGGGACUGAUAGUGCAGCCAACCCAAGCUCUCUACCGCAACGAAGUGGCCCUCAAAUGCAGAAUAGCCCUCCAAACUUCAAGUCACCAGAACCUCAGCCCCAAUCGGAGUCAUCAACUCCACCCAAGCCAGACCUUCCACUCAAAUCCUCAAGCCCUUCAAAAUCCUCCCAAGAGAGCACUCUCGAGGAGCUCCGUGCCCAACGAGCUACCCUCAUCGCAUCUCUGGCUGCCCUCCCAAACAUACAGGACGCCAUCGCGAAAAUCAACGCAUCCUCCACAACAUAUUCACCUUCCACAGUCGAAACCACCGAUACGGAGGUUAUAGCAGCCGCGAACAAGAUCGUCAAGAAGCAUCAAGCUUCUCCAUGA